UAAAUAUCCCUUUAUAUAUCUGUUAGUUAGUUCGCCGACUUCCGACGGUGCCCGGUAGAUUUCUUCGACGUUUUUGAACAAUUUUUCAGUAGCACCAUGAGCGCUAGUGAACAGUUUAUUCAGGCGAUCCAAACUGGGGAUUUGGUCUAUGUAGAGAAGCAUCUUAGAAGACCGGGAACUGAAAUUAACGCCGAGGUGAGACACGGACGCAAUGCUCUCCACUACGCCGCAGAUGCAGGAAAGGUUCCAAUCGUUAGAUUUCUGUUGGAAAAUAUGGCCAUCAUAGACUACCAGGAUGAAGAUGGCAUGACUCCAUUGAUGGCAGCGGUUGACAAAGACCAUCUCGCUACUGUAGCUUUCCUCUUGAAAGAAGGCGCUGACCCACACGUAACAGACGAAACGGGCAAAACUGUUUUUGAUAUCGCAAAAGAUAAGAACCUGACAAAGAUCGAAGAGCUUUUAAGCCAGUACAAGAAAUAGACUCGUCUUCUGUUGAUGUGUCUUUUCCUUGAAUGCAUGUUGUCCUUUUAUCAAUAAUUUGAAGUCCCGCCUGCUUCCCUUUUUCUUUGUUGGUCUUACGUUGUUAAAAUGUGCUCUGGGGAAACUGAACCAACCAAAAACCUCUUAUGUUCGUCUCAAAGUAAGAUAUUCUAAUAACUUUCUCUCUGUUGGUUUUCAAAUUGACAAAGCACUGAAAAAAUAGAAUACAUCGUAAAGAUUAAGUAGUAAUUAAAUGAUGUAGCGUGUAGCCGCCAG